AUGCUUGACAUAUACUACCAGAAUGUGCAGGGCCUUAGAACUAAGACUAACGAGGUUUCAAAAAAUAUUCUGACGUUGAAUUAUAAGAUUAUUGCAUUUACUGAAACCUGGCUCAACUCAAAUAUUUCUAAUCACGAACUGAUCGAUGAUAGAUACAUUGUUUAUCGCCGGGACCGAUCAAGCAGUGGUAAUUCUAAAAAAGACGGCGGUGGGGUGCUCUUAGCUGUUUCUAGGGACAUACCGUCUGCUCGUGUCAAGAGUUGGGAAACAAAUGUGGAGGACUUGUGGGUCACUUUGCAUAUUAACAUUGGCUCAAGUACUAGGAAGCUUGCUAUAUGCGUUGUAUAUCUUCCUCCACCAGUUAAAACCGAAACUCUCAAGUAUUUUUUAGAUAGCGCAGAUAAUAUUGCCGAUCGGGCCGAUGAUCUUGUUAUUUUAGGUGAUUUUAACUUGGGUUUUAUUAGUUGGGACCCUCAUAAGGAUAGUAAUUAUAUGGUACCCUCAAACCAUAACUCUCCUCUGGGACAUUCUAUUACUGACUUUGUUUUCAUUAACAAUCUCUUUCAAGUCAAUGCAAUUGCAAAUAGUGACAACAGGUUUUUAGAUUUGGUUAUAACCAGCUGCCGAGAUGCAUAUGUUGUGAGCCCUUCGAGCGAGCUGAGCAAAUGUUAUAAGCAGCAUCCUAAUCUACUGUUGAAUUUGCCCUACAAUAAACUUGUCUAUCUUAAGCCCAAAUGCAAGCCUAGAUAUAACUUCUAUAGAGCAGAUUAUCCAUCCAUAGUUAAAAAUCUGAAAGGUGUUGAUUGGCAAACAAAGUUAUCGGGCUGUGAAAAUAUUGAUUUAAUGCUGAUAAAAUUUUACAAAAUAGUGGACGAUCUCUUAGAAGAAUAUGUGCCGAAACAAACCCUUAAUAAAUCUAAGUUCCCUAAAUGGUUCAGCACCUCCUUCAUCAAACUAUUACAAGAAAAGGAAAAAAUUCGGAAAAGGUUCAAAAAAUACAGAAACCCUAGAGACGAAAUUGAAUACCGUCUGCUCCGCUCUAGAUGCCACGCAAUGUACGAUAAAUGCUAUUCAGAUUAUAGGAAUAACAUCGAAGCUAAUAUCCCUAAAAACCCUAAGCUUUUCUGGAGCUUUAUUAAACAUAAAAGAGGUAGUGACUCAUCCAUACCUGCAUCUAUGAACUUGAAAGAUCAGGUAGUAAAAACAGGCCCUGACAUUGUGAAUCUUUUUGCAGAACAUUUUGCCUCAAUUUACUUGCCCAGCUCAACGCCUCCGGAUAACUUUACGCUUGAAUCUCAGUGCUGGGUGGAGGGUUUGGAGGAUUGGAGGGUGUGCGAGCCGCGUGAGCGAACACCACACUCGCUUAAGUCAUGA